GAUAACACCUCCAGUGACUUAAUUACCUCGAUUUUUCCUAAAGCCAGGACGGGGAGGGCCUACGAGGAGAGCUGUCAUGUGUGCCCUGAACGAGGGCCUCCUGCUUUCUUGCUAGCUAGGAGUGGAGAGAGGAAAAAAAAAAAAAAAAAAACUUAAAAGUCUGGCCAGCUGCUGUUCUACAUAAUAACACCAAGUGGCUGGGCCAGCCCUAGUGCAAGCUGCGUCACUGUGCAGCAAGCUGGGAGCCUGGGAACACAGACAGACCCCUGUGCAGUGCAGCCAUCAGGACCCCCAGCUCCUUGCUCUGCACCCACUGGAUAUACAACAUUGGGACCCAUGGAGCUGCUCUGCUCAGAGGUGGAUACUGUCCGCAGGGCUCAGACUGACCCCACAUUGCUCUUCGAUGACCGGGUCCUGCAAAACCUUCUAACAGUGGAGGAGAGGUAUCUGCCCCAGUGCUCCUACUUCAAGUGUGUCCAGAAGGACAUCCAGCCCUUCAUGAGGAAGAUGGUGGCCACCUGGAUGCUGGAGGUCUGUGAAGAGCAGAAGUGUGAGGAGGAAGUAUUCCCAUUGGCAAUGAACUAUCUGGACAGGUUUUUAGCUGUUAUUCCCACCAGAAAAUGUCACCUGCAACUCCUGGGGGCUGUCUGCAUGUUCUUAGCAUCCAAACUCAAAGAGACUAUUCCAUUAACUGCAGAGAAACUUUGCAUAUACACUGACAAUUCAAUCAAACCCCAAGAGCUGCUGGAGUGGGAACUGGUGGUGCUAGGAAAAUUGAAGUGGAACCUUGCUGCCGUCACACCACAUGACUUUAUUGAACAUAUAUUAAGAAAGCUGCCAUUACCUAAAGAUAAACUGCUUAUGGUUCGGAAGCAUGCACAGACAUUUAUUGCACUCUGUGCCACAGAUUUUAAUUUUGCCCUGUACCCACCAUCUAUGAUAGCGACUGGAAGCGUGGGAGCUGCAAUCUGUGGGCUGCAGUUGGACGAUGCAGAAAGCCACCUCUCCGGGGAUAGUCUGACGGAGCACUUGGCUAAGAUCACUAACACAGAUGUGGAUUGCCUUAAAGCUUGUCAAGAACAGAUCGAAUCCGUGCUAGUCAGCAGCCUCAGACAAAACAGACCACCAACCCAACAAAGGAACGGUGUUAAGUCUGUGGAUGAACUGGACCAGGCCAGCACCCCUACAGAUGUGCGGGACAUCAACCUGUGAGGAGUUCUGCAGCAAGAGUCUUUCCUUUGUUCUGUAUUUUCUAGAACAAACCUGUUUGUUUUAUAUCUGUUCUCCCACUUAGAGAAAAAAAAAUUUAAACUUCUUUUAAAUACAAAAAAAUGAAAAAAAUAAUGUUUUUGGUGCCUCUAAUGUCCUUUUUAGAAGGGAAUCCCACAAUAUAUUUGAUAAUUGCUGUUAUUAUUAUAUAUUGUUAAAUUUAAGUGCUUGUGUAAGCAUAAACCAUAGCUAGAGAAAUUGCAAGCCUGCAGUGGGAUGAAACGUAGGUAAACUUUUUAUAUUUGUAGUCGCUUACACCUCUCUAUAGAUGUCAGAGAGGAUGUCUGGCGCCAUAUAUGUGGUUUUUAUAUGUAGAUUGCAAAGCAAAAGACUAAUGGAUUCUAGAGGGCAACUGAAAGUGCGAUCCCUAAAGAGACUGAAGCUUAUUUUUGGGUGAUUUGGGAUCCAUGUAAUUUUUUUUAUUUCAUCAUAUUUUAUUUUAUUUUAUUUUUUAAAUAUAAAGAGAGGUGCUUUCUGAAUCUCCUAUUUAGUUCUGUUUACUUUUGCUGUCUAUGGUAGCUGCUACCGAAAAAAAAUGCUUUAUUUUUGCAAGACUGAGGCAGGUGAUUUUUAUUUUUUUAUUUUUUUUCCUAAAAUGUUUUUGAUUCCCUAGUUUUUGUUCCCACAUAAAUGUUCAUAACAAGCAUGCCUGGGAUUUGAAGGAGGCUCGCUUAGCCAGCUGUGGACUUAUAAACUGCAAAAGAAUGUAUUUUAGAUUUAUUUUAUUUUUUGUUUAAACAGAAUAGUCCCGGUAAGCUAAAAAGAAAGGUACUCCUUCACUCCUUUUUUUUUUUUUUUUUUUUUUUUACUCCGACUACACAUCCAAAAAAUUUAAAGGAUUUAUAAAAAAAAAAGUCUUGGCUAUGAAAAAUACAUAAAGAUAAAUAUGAUUAUAAAGGGCAUCCAAAAAUGCAUGUGACGUUACUUAGCAGGUCUAACCAAAUAAAAACAAAAAUAAUCUUUGCUACUUGCUUAUGGGCAGAUAUUUUAGCUACGUUAUUCAUGGCUAAAGUCUAUUUAAAAUGGACAAAAAGUAGAUAUCUCCAUAAAAAAAAGAAAAAAUCUACGACCCCAUGUGUUAUGUCGUCACUAGUGGUUUAUAUUGUUGGUCUGCUAGUAGCAUUAUUGUAAACCAUUUCAUUCAUAAAAGCACUUUGACACUUGUUCCUAAGGGAUAACAUGGGAUGGUUUAUGAAAAUUGUGCUGACCACGUGGCGUCCUUUCAGCCUCCGUACACUGCCGAAUUACGGAGUUGCUGGAUUUUUCCACACCUGCCUUGGAUGACAUUCCUUGAACAACAUUCCGAGUAUGUACAAAAAUAUUGUUGGACAAUGUCCACCCCUUCAGUUGUCUUUAUUAGUAAUUCCCUAGGCCCACUAGGGUACAAUCCAAAUCGUGGCUUUUUUUUUUUUUUUUUUUUUUGCGACAAACUGUAGACAUCUAGAUAUUUUGUUGCAUGAUAAAUACCAUUGUACUUGAAAAAAAAUUCUCCUUAGAUUACGUUGCUCCAGCAAUUCGGCAAUUUUUGCUUUCUUUUAAUGCUGUUGCAACUUUUUUUUUUAUUUUUUGCACAACUGUUUGACAGUUGACACAUUUGUUGAGCUGUUGCUUAAAAAUGUUUGCAAGUUUAUUUUGGAAUUUUAAAAUUAAAAGUAAAGACAAUUAAAUGGGUUUUUUUUCCCCAUGUGUUGGCGAUAUGAGGACUAAGUGAAUAUAUAUAUUUUUUUAUUUUAUUUUUUUUGCGCUGCUAAGGAGCUAUGAUUUGUUUCAUCGUUAUUCACAUUAACAGUACUUGGCUGUAUUGUUUCACUGAGUGUGCUGCUAUUUUAUAAACAUUUUUAUAAUAUAUUAUUUUACUGCUUAAAAUUUCCAAUCCUGAAGUAAGUAGAUGGUUAAGUUGACAUAUGAGGAUUUUUGAUUACUGGAAAUGCCCUUGUACAGGUCUUCUUUUUUUUUUUUAUCUUCUUCAAAUAGUGUGUCAAUGACUAUCUUCUCUGAUCACACCCGCUAAAGAUGGUAGACUUACCUCAGGUUUACUGGAUACAGAAUGGUUCCUGCUCUCACAAUACCUCACACUUUACAGUUUUCCUCUGGGAGCCUUGUGCAAUGGUGCAAAUUCAGCUGGGAUCUGUGUUUGCACUUGACGUUUUGCUACUCCUUCCCUUUUCAGUUUGUCAGAUUAGCAGGGGACAGCGGAAUUGCAUAAAUCCCAGUGCUGUAUUCUAGAGCAUGCAUAUGGCCAGUCAGGAUGGAUGAACAUGCUGCAGUGAUCACGAUGGGGACCCUAGCAUGAACAAAUGCUGCUGGAAUGGCUUCUGAUGCAUAUACAUAGGGUAGAAGAUGUCUAGGCCAAGUCACGUGAGCCAUAUAAAUCUGCUCAAAAUGGCUGCAAGCCAGUUAAGGUAUACUACUUCAUUACAGCAUGUUCCUGAUCCGUCUAGAUAUAGAGGGCUUGUCCCUAUUUGAUGUGCGUGACAUCAUGCCGUUUGUAAGUUAAAGGUACUAGAUAUGUAGGGAGCCCCUUUAAACUUUUUCUGAAGGCUUUGGGCUGAUUAUAAAGGCUGCUUUUUAAUAUAAAUGCAGCUGAAGUCUUAGUUUUUCUUCGGGGGAGCAAAAGUAAAUGGAUUGAGAAGCAAGAUAUGGUUUUCAGAAUAAUAAAAAAAAAUUAACCAUUUUUCUACAAUAUAUUUUUUUUUUUGGGCGCAAUAUUCAGUUAAAGUUGUCAUUAUCAUAUUUAGGAAGAAAAAAAUGACCUUUUAUAUACUAGUUUUAGGAGUUAAGGGAAAGGCAUACUAUGUAUAUAAAGACAUGAAGAUACUCAAAUCUCACGCUCUUAUGGAUAUGUAUGGCAUUUCACAAACCGCUUUGGUGAGCAUAGCAUCAGUUAGAACAUUUUUACAGUAGUGAUUUUAAAUUUUUUAUUUUUUUUUGUAAAAUGAAAAGUUACAUUGUGUGCAUUUAUGGAUUGGAAGAAGUUUAGUUAUAUACUAAAGUAUAUAGCUAUUAACCAGCUGCUAGACUCCCCAGAUCCAAUCUUGCUAUGAACUGUAGAGGGAGGUUAAUAAGGAAGUUCAAGGCAUGAAUAUUGCUUUGGCCUCUGUAGGGUGAGGAACAAAUCACUUUUGUACCUUUCCCAUUUGGUCUAUUGUAACCCGAGGUGGGUCGCAAUUUCAUGGCCAUUUAAAAGUCAAAUAAAGCAAGUACUUACAAAUCAUCUUCUGGGAUUUAAAGGGUGUUUACCUAAAGUGAUACAAAAGGUGUUCCUCAAGAUUUCUGCUUAUUGGCAGGAAAGAGACUUUAUUAGGUAAUUUAAUUUUAGUUAAUUUCACCAGCAUAAUAACCUUGUAUAUUGGCUUUAAGCCAAUAAGAACAAGGGCUUCUAUCACAUUUUUGUGUCUGUGACCUAUUAAUCAUUACGUAGCAGAAAAACUGUACUUAGGACACAAGUAGGGAAUCCGUGCCUUAUCAGCUGUUGCUGAACUACAAGUCUCAGAGAGCUUUGUGAUCAGCGACAAUCUCUGUGUGGGCUUCGGCUAGCCAUAGCCUAAUUUAGGACUUUAUAAAAUGUACUAGACUUUUGUGGUAAUUGUGUAAAUGCUGAAACAUGUUUUAAUUUAAAUUUUUUUAAAAUUGAAUAUCUGAAUUUGUUUUUCUUUUUGUGUCUUUUUAAAGUAUUUCAUAAAAAUGUUAUCUGUUGUAUACACACAGUGGUGGUGAAGAGGGCUGUGCCUGCAACAGUUAUGAAGGAAUCUGCUAUCAAUUAGGUUCCAACUUCUUCUGCCCCUACAGUAAAAUGGCGGCCUCCACUGUGGAUAUAUAAUGGGUACACUUUAAAGUUUGCCAAAGCCUGACCUUCUGAAAUGUGGUGUUGAGGGCUGAUCUAAGACUGCUAUUAUGUAUUGCUGCUUGAAAUGGAAAGAAAGAAUAAAAAAAAAUUAAUAAAAUUCCAGCAGGCAUUGUGUAAAAAAUCAUAUGGUGUAAACGGACAAAGAAAAAAAACCUAAUAUGGCUGAUGGUUUUUUGCAAGUGUUUUCUUCAUGGCAACUUUGAUUUGUAAGUGGAGUAAUCUAAUCUUUAGAAAUUCCAAAGCUUACUCUAUCAAAAUGAUACACAAACAGCAGUCAGAGGGAAAAAAAAGGUCUUCAUAUGACAUCACGCUAUUUAUUGGUAACUCAGUGGCAGCAAGUUGCCAAAUUCCAGUGUUUUUGGAAAAGUAGAAGCUGCCAAUGUCCAUUAUAGGUCUAUUUAUGGGGCAGGAUUUGGGGGGGGGGGGGAGACUUUUGUGCACAAUUUCCCUUCUGUCUGUUUCCAAAGUUGAUGUGUUUGAUAAUUUUUACGUUUUACAGUAAAAUGACACCAACUGUCCAAAGCACAUUAAAGACGUGUCAUUUGCCAUAGGCUACGGGAUCCCAGUUUGUGGAGUUUUUGAGGGCUAAAUGUUGAUCAUUUAGAUCAGAUCUUGGGGGUCGGGGCAACAGACUUUGAUCUGUUCUGCUAUAAAGAUCAUUGGCCACAAUGGGGGCUUGUCAAAUUUCUAUCCAUUUGAUCGUUGCCAUUACACUUGCUCUUUAAUAAACAGUGGGGGCAUUUAUUAUAAGUUGUGCAAAAGGAAAAAAAAAGUUUUCUUAGAAAAUUUCCAACUUUUUAAAAACGGUGAAUUUCUUUCUUUUUUUUUUAAAUCCUAUCCGACAUAAUCUUUCAUAGUAAUGCCUCAUUCACACGUCAGUGUUUUGGUCAGUGAUUCUGAUCAGUGAUUGUGAGCCAAAACCAGGAUUGGAUCCUCCAGACAUAAGGCAUAAGGGAAAGAUCUGCACCUGUUCUGUGUUUAAAGCCGCACCUGGUUUUGGCUCAAUCACUGACCAAAACGCUGACUUGUGGAUGAGAUAUAACCUGUGACCAUAAACGUGAAGUUAAUUUUAAAGCAACAUUGCGGGCAAAAUGGAUGCUGUGCUAUGUCUAGUGCAGGGUCGAAGAGGGCAGCAUAUGACACCGGGAUUCUCUUGUGUUAUUGAAUGUCAUGUACUGCCCCUUAGGGCCUCCACUAGAUCAAAUAAGGUAUCCAUUUUGCCAAGACUGUUCCUUUGUCACUUGAUAGGAGCUAUUGUGUAAUCCCUUUACAACAGCUUAGGUGUUUUUAUUGACCCUAUAACCAGUUUCAUAGUGACCAGUGUUCCAUACUGAAUAUUACCAAAUGUUAUGAUGAAGGUGAUGCUGCUGGCCCUAAUUUUUCUCUUCUUCAUUUUGAUAUAUGUCAAUGCCCUAAACACUCCCCCCCCCCCCCCCCCCCGUGGCAAGUGGAUGUUUUGUCUAAUUUAUUUUCAGCAAGUACCUCAAUCACUCUGCACAACUGUCUCAUUUUCUUGUUGCUUUAAUAGAGUGUGAUGCCAUAUCAAGUCGAUGUUCUCUCACAAUGUACUUUAAGAAAAAUGUAAGAAAUCAGAAAACUAAAAAAAAUUGUGACAAUUACAUGGUCAGGGAACAAUAGCAAGUGUAGAAUUAAAUUAAUGAACUUUUUAGAACGUACGUGAGAUUUCCUAUGGUGGGGAAGACUGAUCGCUGUGUAGUCAAUUACAUAUGGGAAAGGUCUUGUCUGUUCAGUGUUAAAGUUGUUGCCUUUGUAUUAUUAACAUGUUAAUUGACUUAGUUUCAAGAUGGAUUCAUGAAAUGUGUUUUUGAGGGGAAUAAGAAUGCUGUUUGGGCAAUAAAUUCACCUUGACCUAA